UGUGCUGUGUCCCUCGGACACAGCAGAUCACCGAUCACGGAAAGAGCCAAAGAUGUCAGCUCGGUCAUGUGAUCAGCUGUGUCCAAUCACAGCUGAUCACUGAUCAUCAGGGCACUGAUGAUCAGUGUGCCCUGAUGAUCAUGUAGCCCCAGCAGUGCCACCUGUCAGUGUCCAUCAGUGCCUCAUGCCAGUGCCACAUAUCAGUGCCUACCAGUGCACAUCAAUGCCACAUAUCAGUGCCCAUCUGAGCUGCCUUUCAGUGUCACCCAUCAGUGCCCGCCUACCAGUGCCAGUCAGUGCCGCCUAUCAGUGUUGUCUAUCAGUGCCAUAUAUCAGUGCUGCCUUUCAGUGCCCAUCAGUGAUGCCUGUCAAUACCCAUCAGUGCCACCUACCAGUGCCGAUCAGU